AUGACAACAACAUGGAAAUGGGACAGCUACCUGAGCCCUCUGCCAAUGUCCCGCAUCAAUAGUGUGGGGGAGCUGGAGGUGAAGGUCGAGGGGGCUGCGGAGGAGAGGCCGGGGAGUCCCCGGGCCGCUGCUGGGCUGCUGUCACUCAGCCGUGCCUCCUCCGCCAAGUCACGCCCUGCCUCCACAAAGGAUGCUGAGGCUGGGAGCCGGCUGCUUCCUCCUCCUCCUCCUCGCCCAGAGCCCGCCGCGCCGUCCCUUAUGGACCUGCCGACCGCUGGAGAGAAACUGGAGCACUACACCCGAGCCAGGCCCAGGCCCAACCGCAGGAACAGGCAGCCCCCCAGCAAGCCCAAUGUGCAGCCAGCGGUGCGCGAGAACGAUGAAGACCGAAGCAUUGCGAGGUUGGAUGAAGGCCUAGACGACUUCUUCACAAAGAAGGUGAUUCAUGAGCACUUACCCCCCGUUACACCAGAAGCCUCCCCGGCAUUGGCCACCCCACCGUCUUCUGGCUCUCGGACCCUCAAAAAGAAAAUAGGACACUUCUUUGCCUUCAAGAAGCCCAAGUCGGGCCGGGCUGGCAGGCCGGAGAAGGAGCCUGAGGGCAGCCCUUCCACAACGAGGGGCAGGAGGCUGAUGCUGAGUGACAUUCUGAGGGCCCCCAGCAAAGCCAGCGAAUCCCCCAAAGGACUCAGCAAGUCUGAAGAAGGAGGGCUGGCUGGGGACAGCAGGAGCCCCCUGGAGCAAAGCCAGACCCCAGACAGUUCUCGCAGGACUCGGACGAACUACUCCCGGGAAGGGAAAUCCCAGUCCCUGAUACUCCUGUCCGGCGAGGACGAAGAGACACUCGGGGUGCGGCAUGAGAAAAAGAGGCCGUUUGAGAGAAGUGACGGAGAGCUGCCCAGUUCCUUCGAGCAGAGAGUCCAUGUCAUGCUGCAUCGGAUUGGCGUCACCAAGGUGUUACCUUCUGAAGGCAAAAAGAAGCAGAGCAAAGAUGGGGAGAUCAAGAAAGCUGGUUCCGAUGGGGACAUCGUGGACAGCUCAGCGGAGCCUCCUCCUUGCACCCUGAAAUCUCGGACACACUCCAUGUCUACAGACCCCUCUGUGCGGUUAGGGCCUGCUGAUGCUACCAGCAGAACCAGCACGGAGCUAAGCGGCGGAUUCAGUGAAGGGAGACUCUCCUGGAAAGCUCUUGGGAAGCAACUGAACGCAGAGCUCAAAGGCAAAUGUUCAGAACUCGGCUCUUCCCCGAGAAGAGCUUUUGCUGUUCAGGAGCCAGCCAGCCCCAGAGAGCAAAAAAGCAGGGAGAGCUGGACCAGCAGUUUGCCCAGGAUUGGGAGAAGUUCUGCAGGCGCUCCUCCCAUCAGAAGGACCAGCAAUGCCGAAGAAGGACGGGCUUUCUCUGAACUGCAGAAUUCAUACGCUGACAUAAACACGAUUACGGGAGACAAUCAACUCAAACCCAAACCUCGCCCGAAGCCUGCAACAAACCGGAGGGCCAUGUCUGUUCACGAGGAACAGCUCAGGGACCAAGCAAGUGCAGUGGAGCUGCACCACACGAAACUCCCUCUUUGUCUGCAGCGCUCCCCAAUCCUGAAAUGGAAAAUUAAGCCCAAGCCCCUGCUGGAACCUGAAACACCUGCAUCAUCUGACUCCCCAGGCACUCCACCCCAGGAAAGGACCACGGCAGCUACAGAGGCAAGGCCGAAAAAAGACACAGGUGAAGAGCUGCAGCCAGCUCUGGAACAGACUCUUGAGAAUGCACAGAAUACAGCCCUAGACCAAAGAACUGCUGUGCUGCCCCCUAAGUCACCGACACAGGAGCACUGAGUUGGUGCUGGUUGUUCCUGCAUGGUGGCAGCUCAAGCGAAGGAGUGCAGAGGAAAGGCUAAUGACUUGCAGCAGCUGGAAGGGUGUGAGCAAUUCGGCACAGGGGGGCAAGCAAGCUCCAUGGUGGCUCCAUGGGUGGUAAAGCCAGAAGUGUUUCCAGAGGGACGGUAGCAUUCCAACCCUUGCACGACUUCUGGGCUGUCCUUUUUCUUCACCUUUCGCUCUUGUAUACUCUCAUGUAAGUGCCCAGUGUUCUAACUGCUCACGUGGGAAAAGCCAAAAAAAAGCUGAAUCCUCCAAGUCAGGCCAUUUCCAGCAGCAGUUGUACACCUGUGAGCUGGUGCACAUGCUAAAAUGUUCCAGUGCCAGAAAACGAACCACCACCAGCAGGGGUGGGAGAAGUAUUUUACAUAUGCUAAACUUGCCAGUCUUGCAUUGUUACUUGGGCAACAGGGCGGGGCUUGGCCCGCCUGUGGCUUGUAGAAAAGGCUAAAAAGCAAGGGUGCAGCUGGGCCUUAAAGCCUGGCUCAUCUUUCUCACGUUGACAAUCUUACUCCUUCCUUCAGGAUGAAAAUAAUAACGAUCUGUUCCUAAGGUCCCUACUUCCUCUGGCCGCAUCCCUUUAUAGCAUAGGUAUCACCUAGGAACAAAACUUCCAUUCUAGGUGAAUAUCUCUAGCACCAGUGAGGUUAUCUGGCAUGACUAAGGCAAGAGAACAUGAGUGUGUAUGUGUUUUUGGCAGCUUUCAGCAAGUUAAAACAAAUAAAAGAGAGCCUUGGCCCCUCCUUCCCACAAUUAAAUGAGGAUGGUUAAUUCAAAUCA